AUGGCUCCUCUUCGAGAAUCCUCGGAUUACGAUGAGGAAGUUGAAGAGGGUCUCCUCGGGAGAGGCCCUCUAAAUGACAGAGGUUCGCAAUGCGAUCGAAAUGGCAAGGUCAAGCAUUGGUGCAAAUGGAUCAUUGUCUGCAUCUUCUCAGCCACUUUGAUAGCACUCAUCUUCACUCAGGUCCACUCUUCGGGGAUGCUGAAGUCAUCAUCACCAUCUUUAUCAUCUCCAACAAUACAAACCUUUGAGACUGUAUUCCCAAGAUUCGGCGCCCUCAGCAUAUAUUCUGGCGGUACCAAUGGCGAGAAAGAGGAAGCAUGGGGCCAGUUACUGGAAACUAAAGUACCCAAAUGGCUGAGCGUAUCCGACAAGGAGUUGAAGGCAAUGGGGAAGGAUUCCACCCACUCCGAUGGAUACCCAUGGCAUCGCAACGAGGAUGGCACAGUGGAGGCUGUGACGGAGCUGUGGCAUCAGCUGCACUGUUUGGACUUGAUCAGGAAAUACAUUAACAGAGACAAUUGGGACUAUAGUAAGAACCAUGCAUGGCAGUGGGGGCCAUAUAGAUUGCGUCAGCACGUUGAUCACUGCGUCGAAAACCUGAGGGUUGCGAUCCAGUGUACUGGAGAUAUGACGCCUGUCUUGGAAUACGAAAAUGAUGAUCAGGUCUGGCUGGAUUUCGAGACUAAACACACAUGCCGCAAGUAUUAA